AUGUCAUCACGAGAGGGUACGAUUUUCGAUGAGCCUUGCCUCCCGAAGCCACGAAGCGGAAAACCACGGCCUCAUUUUCCAAAACCUCUCAUCAAAGUCGAGGGCAUUCCGCGUGCUCCUCUUAAUCCGGGCGAUUUUGCCAGUCUCCAUGAGCGUACGUACAGUUUGCGGCCGGAAUGGUUCGAGGGCUUCCAGUUAAACGCUUCCAAGAUGCUGGCGGUCAAUCAGAUCGUACAUGCCAACUGGAAUCUUAGCCACACUACGCCAACAGGAUUUCGUAUUGGAGUACAGUUUCAAAGGAAGUGCAGUGACAGCGUUCUGAAAACCCCACUCAUCGCCUUCGAUGUCAAUCCCGGAACGUUAACGUCCAACUUGUUCCUGCUAUAUCGUCCGGUGGCUUCGAUUUGCAGCGAGAUAAGAGUACAACUCCAGCCCCAAGCUCAAACAGUGCCAGUGAUUGAUAGGAUAUCGCUUCAACAUACAGGCACCAGCACCACUACAACACUGACUUGCUACAACCCAACCAAGGAAUCCACCCGCCUUACGCUGGACCACUUGAUUAGCUACAACGAUUGCUUGGCUCUCGGAGCGGAGCUGUUGUAUGAGUGUUUCCGGAAGACGUCUAACGCACAGAUAGCACUCGCCGCCAGAUACACUCGCGACAAAUAUUCAAUAGCUGCCACCGGCUCUAAGGAAGCUUUCGAUCUGAGCUACUGGCGAAAGGUGAACAAUUUGCUGCAGAUUGGGUCAUCACUGGCUUGCAAUCACAGAGAGGGUAAAGCAAUAGGCACAAUCUACUACCGCAUGGAGCGUCCUGAUUGUACUGUUCGGGGGCUAUUCGACUCUGACUGGUCCGUUGGAUUCACAUAUCAAAGAAAGCUGUCACAGAUGCCGAUCAGUGCUGGCCUCAGUUUAUUAUUCUGUAUUCCGAAAAACACUUUCCAAUGUGGAUUCAAAAUUGACCUGGACUCUAAUUUGCAAUGAACGGAUGCGGAUUGCCAAGCGUCCACAGAGCGCACAGCUGUUUCGCAAGACAACGUCUGAACGGAUGGUGGUGGCAAAAAAUAUCGACUGAAAUGUUCACAACAAGUCGCGAUUAAACGAAAUGUUAAAAAAGGAAAUCAAAUGAGAAAUGCAAAACAGGAGGCAGAAUUCAAUUAUCGGCCGAAGGCGAACAUCGUGGAUUGAUGUCAUCAGAUUCAAAUUAAAUAUGAAAUUAAACGAUGUUGUUUGUCCAAUUUUAUUCCAAUAGAAUGGUAAAUAAUUAUAUGAUGCAGAUGAUAUUUUUUCUGCAUAUA